CUUGUGCCAUUAUCAACCUGCUUGACACACAGCAGCGCCGAGUGCAGCCUGCCUUGCCAGGGUCGGACUGAAGCUCAAGAAACGACAAGGAGAAGCGAACAUCUGGCCGAACAUCAUGAAAGGACAGCGGGACUUGUAGCGAGAAAGACGACGAUACCGAAGGGGAAUAAAUGUUAUGAAGGAAGAAUGGAGUUCCCAGACCAUAGCCGCCAGUUGCUGCAGUGUCUGAGUCAGCAGCGUCACCAAGGUUUCCUCUGUGACUGCACUGUUCUUGUCGGGGAAGCUCGAUUCAAAGCGCACAGAGCCGUGCUGGCCUCCUGCAGCAUGUACUUCCAUCUCUUCUACAGGGACCAGCUGGACAAAAGGGACGUUGUGCAUCUCAACAGUGACAUUGUGACAGCCCCGGCUUUCAGUCUGCUCCUUGAAUUUAUGUAUGAGGGGAAGUUGGAAUUCAGCACUCUCCCGGUGGAGGAUGUCCUGGCAGCAGCCAGUUACCUCCACAUGUAUGAUAUUGUGAAAGUGUGCAAAGGAAAGCUAAAAGAUAAGGAAUUCUCCCCUCUGGAUGAAAAGAUGAGCGAGGGUUUGGGUCUCAGCUGUCUGGACAGGGAAAACUCCUCAGAUGGCGAGCUGCACAGUAAGCAGCUCAUCCGGCGACAGCCCCAGACACAGUCUCAUGGGCUUCAUCGGCCCCUGGCAGAAGAAUUUGACACGGACAACAGCGAAGUCAGGCGGGCUGUCACAGAUUGUGAUAGGUCUACACAGAGCAGGCAGAAGGCAAACGGUCACUCUGGCAGGUCCCCGGACCUUGUAGGUGUCAAUUAUGUGUCAGCGGAGGCCGAGCCCUGCGUCCAAACAGCUGGAAAAACAAAAGCUGAUGUCAGUAGUUCCACCGUAUCACUGUCCCAGAGGUCCCGGGCUUCAGAUGACAUGGACUGUGCACUGGAUUUGUCUUUCAAGCCUCUGUCUAGUAGAGAUCCCUUACACCCCUCCUAUGUCUCGGGACAGCUGGCCCUCGACAGCCAGCAGCAGGGCACUGAGCCACUUGUUAAAGACGAACACGACUUGCUGUCAGAGCAGGAGGACAGUGAGCCGAUGAGCCCUGAGAGCCAGCGCUUUGGGAAUAGUGCCAGGAGCUCGGUGGUGACAGGGUUCGCUGCCCUCUUCCCAGGCAACAACGGCUCCACAGCCGCCCUGCUCUCCCAGGAGGAGGACCUGAUGGACGAGGAGGGGGAGGCCUGCAGGGGGAGGGAGGGCGCCCCGGGCAGGGAGCUAGAGGAGAGGAGGGGGAGGCUGCUGGGGGACAGCGAAGAGGAGGAAGAGGAUGACUUGGCCUCCUCAGACAUCUCGACCUCCAGCGGGGUGCUCCUGCCCCCGGGCCAACAGGUGUGUGUGUGUCCCCUCUGCAGCAAAGUCUUCCCCAGCCCCCACGUGCUGCAACUGCACCUCAGCUCCCACUUCCGCGAGAAGGACGGCGCACGCUCCAAGCUGUCCCCAGACGGCUCAGUCCCAACAUGCAUGCAGUGCAACAAGACCUUCUCCUGCAUGUACACGCUGAAACGCCACGAGCGCACACACUCUGGCGAGAAGCCAUACACCUGUGGCCAGUGUGGCAAGAGCUUCCAGUACUCCCAUAACUUGAGUCGGCACGCUGUGGUCCACACACGUGAGAAGCCUCACGCUUGUAAGUGGUGCGAAAGGCGCUUCACCCAAUCCGGGGACCUAUACCGCCACAUCAGGAAGUUUCACUGUGGCCUUGUCAAGACUCUCGCCAUUGGAUAAAUAAAAACACCUCUCACCAGUGCCACAACAUAAGACAGAAUGUCUUUUCAUACACUGAAUUCUACUACUGAACAGUUUCCUUAUGAAUACACACAUUUUUCAGUUUGUUGGAGACAUAUCAUUUGGAUUCUACCCGAUGUGGCAUUUGUCAAGUUUAAAAAAAAAUGUAGCAACUGUACAAACUGGAGCCGUUUUCUGUGCGCACAAGUGGCCACAGGUUGUUUGGAUAAACAUGGCCGCUGUGAAACUCAUGCUGGAUCUGUGUGGACGAAGAUGAACAAAUCAGACGAUGCACUUGUUUGUUUCUGUCUAUUCGUGUCAACCUGUCGGAGUUUAUUUGAGGAGUGUAUCUGCUGAAAGAAAAGAAAAAAAAAAAUGCUAUGUUCAAACCUUAUGGGGGCAAAAUGCUGAGAGCUAAUGCUAAAAUAUGUUAAUACAAUCUUCAGACUGAGUGAGACUUUAAUUUGUGCACAUGGGAGAUCAGAACCGUCCGCAAGUAGCAAUAUAUGAUUUUUUUUUUUUUAAUCUCCUAUAUUAUUAUUAUUAUUAUUAUUGUUAUUAAUAUUAUUAUUUAUUUUGGAGAUUUUGUUUAGUCCUUAACAAGUAAACUGUCACGAGGCAGUAAAACUAAUGAAGUUUGACUACUGGAAGUAUCUUCUUUUUUUUUUUUCUUUAUGGAAGUAGAAGUUUUAUUUGGUUGAAAUGAAGUUCUAAGUUGUUUAUAAAAGAGGACAAGCAGACCAUCACAUCACCACAUUUCGUCUCGCCUUGGGGUGUGUUGCUAGGCUCUUCAGUUGCUAAUGUAAGCGAGCACAUGUUGACAGAAUGGCCUUGUAAUUGCUACUUUAAAAUAAGUUGUCUAAUCAGAGGAGGGCUGGAGAGUGGUUAAGAGCUAAUGCCUGUUAUGCUGGUGCCUACUGAAAACACUUCAUUUACUUAAACAAGAAUGAGAUGUACAGACUUGCCUUCUGGUCAAAAUCAGUACGUUUUCAGGCCUUACUUAAUAAAAAAAAAACUGGAAAACCCUCCACAUAUCAGGAUGUAACAAAGGUAGUUGUUUAUUCUGGAGUGAGUGGCCUUAAAUACGUUUCAAGAAUGUGAUCAAAUUGCGAACCAAACUCUUGUCAAUAAAGCUUAUUAUUGACUUGUUUGAGUUAAAUGUUCAUCUUUGUCAGUAAAUGACCUCGUUAACACAUGGAAUGAUUUCGAGGGCACACUGACACAGUGUUUAGGGCAGAUCCUCAGCAGGCAAGGACGGAAAAUACAGGUGGAUAAAUAGCGCUGUUUGUUCAUUUAGCUGUGUUCCUCGUGCCAUUCAGAUAAACCCACUGACCUUUCUUUUCUUUGAAUUAACUCCACAUUAUAUCUUCUUACUGUAUGUUUUACUGCUGAUGAAGCUGGGGCCUUAGGCGACGCUCUCUUUGCAAGAAUCUUUCGGCAUCCAGUGGAUUUUGUUGUGUCUGUCUACACAUGGAUGCUACAUUUAUUCUUAAACAAGGGCGUAGCGUUUGGAGUUCCUGAUGUUUUUGUCUCAUCUGUCCUGAGAAGACUUGAUCAGAUUUAUUUAUUAGUUUGACUUGGUUCAGGUUUUUACAGUAGGUGUAGUCUUUAUUUGUAUAAGCUUGAAAGACCUCACGUCUUGCCUAGCGAUCUUGGUACUCAUUAACUGGUAUUGGGGCUCAUUUUCUCUGUGCAAAUCGAGUUACUGUAAUCGCAUUUUAAUGUACAGUGUAGAGAUCUCUACGGAGGGUUCAAGAUUUGUCACAUGGAUCAUAGAGAAGCACUUGUUUUUUUUUGUUUUUUUUAGCAUGCAUAUAGUUUAAACACUAUUGUCUAGGCUGCUAUUUCUUACUGUAUGUAUAUUUAAUGUAAAUAUAUAAUCUAUUUAUCAAACUGUUCAUUUUUUUCCCCGUGUCAACGUGAGUCAGGUGUCUUAUUAUCGCUGCAGUCUCUUAAAAGUGUCGCAUCCUUCACAGGAAGUUUGGUUCCCUUUUUCAUGUUGAAGACAACUCGAUCAGACCCAGAACAAAUCAGAACAUUUAACACCGCUGUGACCGCUGUUCUCCCACAGGAGACAGUUGUUCACAGGCGCAGCCUCACUGAUACAGCGCCGGCUACCUAUAGAAACCAGACAAUACAGGCAUUGUGAGUGUGUCCCCCCCCCAGCCCCCGCCCCCACCAGUCCCAGGUAGUUCUCAAGGGAUCAUUGUGUGUCUCCCUCCGAGCUGCAGGGAGAAAAGGCAGCACCGUUUUUUUUUUCUCUUUGCACUUUUUCUGUAUUGAAUCGAGCCGUUGGAAUGUGAGAAAUGUAUUUUGCAAAAAAAAAAAGGAGAACAAGGACACUGUAAACAGGUGUA